ACCAACGUGCAUAAGAUAUUUUGCUCUAAUAAUUCUAUAUGUUGGAAUCUUAUAUGUAUUUAAUGAGUUAAUUGUAGAUUAUAUGUAUACAGCAAAAUCUUAGUCAAUUGAGAAGAUGUCGGAAACAUCUGUUAUUUUCUAGUUAAAGUUUUCUUAACCUUGUUUUCUACGUAUAAGGGUGAAAACAUGUCGAAAGAACAUUCAAGUGGUGACACAGACGAGUUAUCCAUCACCAUGGAAGCAUCAGAAAACCAGGAACUCAAAGUUAGUUCGAUGUUUCAUGGUUAUUACCCUCCUGGUUUUAUCCGAAAGGUGGUGGCGGAGGUGGUGGCCACCUUCUUAUUGGUGUUUGUUACAUGUGGAGCGGCGGCGCUUAGUGGAACCAAUGAACAUAUGGUGUCUCAUCUCGGUGCUUCACUUGCCGGUGGCCUCAUUGUGACCGUUAUGAUUUAUGCGGUCGGGCAUAUUUCUGGUGCACAUAUGAACCCGGCAGUCACUAUAGCUUUUGCAACCGUUAGACAGUUCCCUUGGAAUCAGGUUCCUUUCUAUGCAGGAGCACAACUGAUAGGAUCAAUAUCAGCUUCAUUUUCCCUAAAGGUAAUAUUCCAGCCAAUAAGGCAUUUGGGUACAACAACACCUUCAGGGUCAGAUUUACAAGCUCUAAUCAUGGAAAUCAUUGUAACAUUCACAAUGAUGUUUGUUACAUCAGCCGUAGCCACUGAUUCUAAAGCCGUAGGAGAGUUAGCAGGUAUAGCGGUAGGAUCAUCAGUGUGCAUUACUUCUAUCUUAGCAGGACCGGUAUCAGGAGGAUCAAUGAACCCUGUACGCACUAUUGGACCAGCAAUAGCUAGUAAUGUUUAUAAGAGUAUUUGGGUGUAUAUUGUUGGCCCUAUAACAGGGACGUUAUCAGCGGUGAUGUGUUACAGUUUUAUUCGAGAAACCAAUGAACCAGUUCAGGCAAUCUCUUCGUUUAAAUUUCUUAGAAUGAGAAGCCACAUGCAUGAUGAACAUGUUGACGUUAAGGAUCCUACAGGUUAUUUGAAAUAGUCAAUAGACUAGCAUUAGCUACAUGUAUUGACGAAAAUGUUUCAUAUAAGUGAAGCAUGCUUGAAUGUAUAUUAGAAAUUUCAUAAUGCUUACUAUUUGUAUUAUGAAAUUUCAUAUAAAUGA